GCACGAUUUUAACGUGCGUGCAAUGUGGUAGUGUUAAAAUUGUGUGAAAACGCGAGAAUUCAAAAUGCCACUGCAACGACUUUUCGUGGGAAACAUCCCGUCCGGAACCAGCGAGCAAGAGCUGGAGCAGGAGUUUUCUGCCUACGGUGCGGUGUCAGCAAUCGAUUUGAAAAGUAAACCAAAUCCGCUGACUGGAUCGGUUGAUACGUUCGCUUUCGUUAAUAUCGAACUGGACGAGCAAUCCGUUCGGCGCUGCAUCAAUGAGUUUCGACAGGAAACAUACAAAGGUGUUUAUUUGAACGUGUCUAAAGCGAAGGAGUCCUUUCUGGAUCGGCUGAAGCGAGAACGAGAGGAAGCGGAAGCGAGUAAAGCGACCAAUGAGCGUCUGAAUCCAUACCGGAAAAAUGAAGAGACUACCAAGCAAAAGCAGAGGGAAGCUGAACCGCUUCCGGUGCUGCCGACGCUCAAAAAGACGGCGGAAUCGUCGUCUAGUUCGGAAUCCAGCUCGGAAAGUGAGGACGAGCAACCUGCGGCACCUGUCCGAGCGGUGGUCAACCGAACCGCCACAAAACCCAGCGAGGAAGAUCAGUUGGUGCGAAAGUGGAAUCAGGAAACCUACCUCGAGCAUGGCAAGCUGAAAAUUGUUCCCAUCACCGGUCAGGUGAAGGAAGUGAUUGAAAAGGGUCGCAAGAGGAAGCUUCAGCAGGAUGCUAAGGAACUGAGCGAGAAGGCUCGCCAGGCGGAUGAGAAACGGAAGAAAGGGUUGACUAGCUUGCAGAGUUCGUACGAGCAACAGAAGCAGGCGAUUAAGAUGGCCCUGGCUGGCACGGGAGAAGCGAGCGGUCGGAAGAAGAUUUUGUUUGAUGAUGCUGAGGAACCGGACGGACCUCCGGCUGGUAAACGAAACAAAUUGGCACUGUUUGAUGAUGAGGCCGAUGAGGGGGACGGAUUCAAGGGAAACUUCUCCGUUCGAAAGCAACUGGGGGAUAAUACUGAGAAGGGUCAGCGCUUGUUCGACAUGCAAACUCAGUUUUACGGUGAUGCACGAUUUAAACUAGAUGAACGUUUUCUCGCUGAUGAAACUACGGAUGGUAAGAAAAGGAAGAGUGUGGCAACGGACAAAUCCGUUUCAGUUAAGAAUGAAGGAAAAUCGAACAAUCAGGAGCGGAAAAAACAGCUGGAAAUUCUCUCCAAGGUAACAGGAAGGGACAUUCAGGACAGGUCACAAUUUAAAGGCGAGGAAAAGGACAAAAUGGUAAUGCAACGGUAUGACCCUUCAGCACAGAGUAAUGUUUCCGAAAAAGCUGUCAGGAAAGAGAAGGUAGAAGCAGAAGAAGAAGAGGUUGCUCAAGGGAAACAGGUAGAUCGUCCAGCCGAUGACUUUAAAGUCUCCGAUGAAAAAUUCUACAAAGUUUCGGGGAAUAUUAAGGAAAUGAUCGGAAGUUCCUCAGGCGGGGGAUUCAGCCUGCUUUCGAUGUUUGGAAAUGCUGAUCCAGUGGACGAGAAAGAAGAAACUGUAGAAGAAGAGGAUGCUGAAAAACCAGCUUUCAGUAUGGCUCGGUUCAAGUAUGAGUCAUCGGCCAGUGAGGAUGAAGAUAUGAAGGACGAAGCUACGGAGAAUGCCGAAGCAAUCAUUCCGGAACCGGCAGAAGAAAACGAUGACGGCAAAAAGAAGAAGAAAAAAGGCGGUCGUUUGCCUAAGCCAGUUAAUUGGAAAGAAAAUUUCUUCUUUCUUCCCGGUGGUGCUCGUUUGGAGGAAGGAAGACGUUUCUUUACUGAAUUUGCUAGCUCGGCUGCUGAAGCUGCCAGCGUAAAAGAGGAUCAAGCAAGUCAUAUUCGGAAGAUUUAUAAGAAGCGAAAAAUGCGGGAAACCAAAAACAUGAAUCAGAUUCGCGCUAGGCGAGGUUUAAAACAAGUUAAACUAAAACUAAAAUAAAAACAGUUAUUUUUGUAGAUAUAUACGAACACUUGAUUUGAAAUUUCUUUAGCUAAUGUUUAAACAAAUGAAAAUAAAGGCAAUU